AUGAAAUAUCUAUUCAAUUUCAUUGUUGCUACACCUCAAAUCAAUCUUCAUUAUACAGAUUGGAUAAGUGAAAAUGAAAGUCAUAAUAUAUUACAACACGAUUGUUUACGUAUUGUUGCUUCUAUUGAUAAAACAAAUGUUAGUCGUGAAAUUAUAUCUUAUUGUAUGAAUGAAUUACCAUCGAAAUUUUAUAUUGAGAAGAAUGAUAUGUUUCCAAAGUAUACUUUUGCUGAACUUUCGAAAUUGAAUAUUACUAGUCAACAGUUAUAUAUAUGGUCAGCAUCAAUAGAUGUUAUUGAACGUUAUCAAUUCUAUUUAAAUCAAUUAUCAACAAUAAAUGAUACAUCUCUUGCAAUAAAAAUUUUCUAUAAUUGUACAUUACCAAGAUUUGGUUCUAUGUGUCAAUAUGAAAUUAUUUCUUAUCAUCAAAAUCAUUCAUCUUUAUAUGAAAUUAUUCAUGAUUAUUAUCGUAUAUAUGAAUAUAAUCCAAUUAAUUUUACAUGUUAUACUCAUUUACAAUGUAAUCGUGGUCCUUUUCCAGCAUGUUUAGAUUGGAGUGAAGUUUGUAAUGGACAGUUUGAUUGUCUCGAUGGCAAAUUUGAUGAAGAACAUUGUUGGCAACUUGAAAUAAAUGAAUGUAAUGAUAAUGAAUAUCGAUGCAACAAUGGACAAUGUAUACCACAAUCAUUUUACCGAGAUGAUGUUAACAAUCCUGAUUGUGUGGAUGGCUCAGAUGAAGUUCAAAUAUCUUUUCAAGAGCGUAACAAAUGUAAUACAAUUCUACCAUCAUUUGGAUGUGAAGAAAGAACAUGUAGAUAUACAUUUUUAACAAAUUCUUGUGUACAACAACGCAAAAAUCUACUAUUGAAGGCAAUCUAUUCGACUAGAGACAAUUCAAUAGUUGAACAAUGUUGGUCAGCUUUUAAAUGCAUUAUAAAUGUACCAGGUUCAGAAGAGUCAUUUUGUCACAAUAUUUGUGAAAAAACAGAAUGUAUAGAGAUUAUUGACAAAACAUGUCCAGAUAUGUUUUACAUUCCGAAUGUUCCACUUCUUUUUGGUCAAAUUUAUCUUGCUCAUACAAAAAAUGAUUCAUUAUAUUUGGCCUAUGGAGGUAUUGGAACACCUUAUUUGUGCUAUAACAAUUCUCAUUAUGAUGAAUUUUUUAUUGGUCAUUCAAAAGUUAUAUUCCAUAAUGGAACUUGUUUCCGUCCUCGUUCUGUACAGUCUCUACUGAUGUUGUCAGGCACUUGGGAUCUAAAAUAUCACGUACCACUGUUUCAGUUGUACAGAGAACUGAAGAGAUUCAAUUUAAUUUCUAACUAUACUUCUGCUAUUUGUAAUAGACCGAAUGUGUACAAGUGUAUUAAUUCGUCUAAAUGUAUCGCAAUAAAUCGUCUUAUGGAUAGUACAUUAGAUUGUCCCCAAAGUGAUGACGAAAAUAUUACGCAAAUCAAUAAAGCUGGUUUAACGCACAUUUUAAAAAGCUAUUUCAAAUGUGAAAUAACUAACAAGUACAUUCAUCAAUCGCUUGUUAAAGAUGGAGUUUGCGACUGUAAACUUCACAAUUCUAAAGAAUAUGAAGAUGAAGAUUUUCAGAUUCACUAUAUUAGAAAGAAUAUAUCAUUUCAAACUAUUUGUGAUGGAUUUACUGAAUUAAUUCCAAUAAACAUUAAAGAAAAAAAUGAAACAGAUGAAACAGAAUGUGAACAAUGGCCAUGUAAUAAUAUUUAUACUCGUUGUGAUGGUUUAUGGAAUUGUCUUAAUGGAGAAGAUGAAAUUGGUUGUGAUUUAUCUUCAACAUUCAAUUGUUCUUCAAAUCAUCAUAAAUGUGUUUCACCUCAUACGAAUCAACUCAUGUGUCUACCUGUUACAAAAGCAAACGAUGGUAAAAUUGAUUGUCUUGGUGCUACUGAUGAGCCAUUAUUAUGUCAAGCAAACUAUAAAGAAACCUUUUACAGUAAUUUUUAUUGUAUGAAUCAAAGCCGUGUACUAUGUAUUGAUACUAAAAGUCUAUGUGAUAAUCAUAGACGUUGUCCUCAUGGAGAUGAUGAAAAAUUUUGUAUAAAAAAUCGUACAAAUAUUAGUAUAAAUCGUGGUAUUUGUCAUUCAUCCCAUUUAUCUUUACGUUCUGAUGUUGAGCAGUUUUUAUGUCAUGAAACAAAAGAGAAGAGAAAACAACAAAUUAAAUAUUUUUCAUUCGAUCGAAUAAAUAAAUUCGUAGAAAAUCAAACAAACAAUGUGACAAAACUUGUAUUUUCAAGUUCAUCUAUGAUUGAAAUAUCUCAUCAAUAUAAAUCUCGUUGUCAUCGUGGUAUUGAUUUACGUGUAUGGUUAAAUAAUGAAAAGAACUUAACAACAAAUACAUGUCUUUGUCCACCUAGUUUUUAUGGUGAUAUUUGUCAAUAUCAAAAUCAACGUGUAAGUUUAACUAUGAAAUUUCGAGCCUUAUCAGAUUCAUGGUCAACAUUAUUUGCAAUAAUUAUUUCACUUAUCGAUGAUAGUGAAGAAAGAAUUAUUCAUUCAUAUGAACAAUUCACUUAUUUAUCAUUAAGAGAUUGUAAAAUUAAAUUUAAUAUUUAUUUACUUUAUUCAACUCGACCAAAGAAUCAAACAAAAAAUUAUGCAAUACAUAUUGAUAUCUAUGAAAAAAUUUCAUUAACUUAUCGUGGAAGUUUAUUAUUUCCAAUAGUAUAUCCAUUUUUACCUAUUUAUCGUCUAGCAUAUAUAGCUGAUAUUCCACGAUAUAAUGAAAACAUUCAAAGUUGUAUAAAUUCUCAAUGUAUUCAUGGUAAAUGUAUUAUAUAUUCAAAUAAUCCAUCAAAUUCUACUAGUUUUUGUCAAUGCAAUCGAGGAUGGUCUGGUAGAUAUUGUACUAUGCCACAUAAUUCCAUGUGUACAAGUGAUUCAAUAUGUAUUGGUGUUUCUGCUUACAAUCAAUCUGUAUGUAUUUGUCCUAUUAAUAAAUUUGGUUAUCAAUGUCUUCUUGUCGAUCGAAUUUGUCAAAAUGAGAGGAAUUUCUCAUGUCAACAUGGUGGUCAAUGUAUUCCUGCUGAUGAAUAUAUGAUAUCGAAUCGAAAAUUUAUAUGUAUAUGUCCAAAAGGUUAUACUGGUGAUCGAUGUGAAAUAGUUGAUAACAAAAUAAUUCUAUCAUUUCAGCACGAUGUUGUUUUAUCUCAAUCAAUAUUUAUUCAUUUCAUAGAAGUUAUUAAUAAUGGUACACCAAUAAGAACAACUACUUUCCGAACAAUUUCUUUUAUACAACAUUCACUAAUAAUUCAUUGGUCUAGACCAUUUCAUCUUGUUUUUAUUGAACUUUUUAAUAAAGUUUAUUAUUUAGCUCUUAUUCAAAAAACUUAUGAGCGAUCAACAACAAUUCUUAAAAUGAUAAAUCCAUCGGAUCGUUGUCAACAUAUAAAUGAAUUAUUUAAUCAAACUUUUAUUCAAAUGCAUCUUCUUCGUCGUAUUAAAUAUUAUCAUUUACCAUGUCAAAAAUAUUCAUUAAAUCUUUCUUGUUUUUAUGAUGAUACUCAUAUUUGUCUAUGUUAUAAUUAUGAACAAAAACGAUUAGCAAAUUGUUUUGAUUUUAAACAUAAUAUGAAAUUUGAUUGUCUUGGUCAAAGUGUUUGUGAAAAUGAAGGUCAAUGUUUUCAAGACACUCCAGAUUGUCCACAAAGAUCAAUGUGUAUAUGUCCAACAUGCUUUUAUGGAACACGAUGUCAAUUUAGUUCAAGUGGAUUUGGUUUAUCACUUGAUGGUAUCUUAGGCUAUCAUAUUCAACCAUAUAUUAGUCUUAAACAUCAGCCUAAAAUUGUCAAAACUAGUUUAGCAUUGACUAUAAUCUUUAUAAUAGCAGGAUUGAUUAAUGGAAUAUUAUCUUUUAUUACAUUCAAGAAUAAAACUAUAUGUGAAGUUGGUUGUGGUUUGUAUUUACUCGGUUCAUCAAUUACUACUUUACUUACAACGAUUAUAUUUGGAUUGAAAUUUUGGACACUUAUUUUUGCACAAAUGGCACAUAUAUCGAAUCAAUUAUUUUUACAAAUUCAAUGUAUAUCUCUCGAUUUUCUUCUACGAGUUUGUAUUACUAUGGAUCAAUGGUUAAAUGCUUGUAUUGCUAUGGAACGUGCAAUGACAAUAAUAAAAGCUACUCAUUUUCAUAAGAAGAAAAGUAAACAAAUAGCUAAAAUAGUUAUUGUUAUUCUUUUAAUUUUUACCAUUAGUACAGCAAUUUAUGAUCCUUUCUAUCGACGUUUAAUUGAUGAAGAAAAUGAAGAAAGUAAACGACUAUGGUGUAUUACUACUUAUACAUCUAAAUUACAAAUAUUCAAUUCUAUUGUACAUACUUUUCAUUUUACUGUUCCAUUCGUUAUUAAUCUUAUAUCAGCGGUAAUUCUUAUAACAAAAAAAUCUCGUCAACAAUCAAAUCUUCAAAAUCGUCGAACUUAUACAGUACAUUUACAAGAACAAAUACGACAACAUAAACAUUUAUUUACUGCUCCUGUUGUAUUAGUUAUUCUUGCAUUACCACGUGUAAUGAUUUCAUUUGUAUCAAAAUGUAUGAAAUCUACAAAUGAUGCUUGGUUAUUUCUUCUUGGAUAUUUUAUUUCAUUUAUUCCACAUAUGGUUACAUUCGUUGUAUUUAUAUUACCAUCAAAAUUUUACAGACAAGAACUUCGUAAAUCUCUCAUCGCUUAUCGAGCUACAAUACAACGACAUUUACCAUUUACUAUAUGA